AUGGCGGCCAACAACAUGGUCAACCAGUCCGUGAACCCGGACCACGAAGACGAGAUCUUCGCAAAGGAGGUCGAGCAAGUUAAGACAUGGUGGAAUGAUUCCCGUUGGCGGCACACCAAGAGACCCUUCACCGCGGAACAGAUUGUCUCUAAGCGAGGCAACCUGAAGAUCGACUACCCCAGCAAUGCUCAAUCCAAGAAGCUUUGGAACAUUCUUGAGAACCGUUUCGCGACCAAAGAUGCCAGUUACACCUAUGGUUGCAUGGAACCUACCGCCGUCACGCAGAUGGCCAAGUACCUCGACACCGUCUAUGUUUCCGGAUGGCAAUCGUCGUCAACUGCCUCAGCAUCUGAUGAGCCUGGCCCGGACCUGGCUGAUUAUCCUUACACCACUGUCCCCAACAAGGUCGGCCAUCUCUUCAUGGCACAGCUCUUCCACGACCGCAAGCAACGACAAGAGCGCCUGAGCGUCCCCAAAUCCGAGCGAUCAAAGCUGGCCAACAUCGACUACCUCCGCCCCAUUGUUGCCGAUGCUGAUACCGGACACGGUGGUUUGACCGCCGUCAUGAAGCUCACUAAGCUCUUCAUUGAGAAGGGUGCUGCCGGUAUCCAUAUCGAGGACCAGGCUCCAGGAACCAAGAAGUGCGGUCACAUGGCGGGCAAGGUUUUGGUGCCUAUUAGCGAACACAUCAACCGACUCGUGGCUAUCCGUGCCCAGGCUGAUAUUAUGGGCUCUGAUCUUGUUGCUGUCGCCCGUACUGAUGCCGAAGCCGCCACACUCAUCACAACCACCAUCGAUCCCCGCGAUCAUGCUUUCAUCAUUGGUUCAACGAACCCUAGCCUGCCGGCACUCAAUGAGCUCAUGAUCAAGGCUGAGGGCGAAGGCAAGACAGGUGGCGAGUUGCAGCGCAUUGAAGAUGAGUGGCUCGCCGCCGCCAACCUUCAGCGUUUCGACGAUGCUGUUGCCUCAGCGAUUGAUGCCGAAAGCAGCAUCGCCAACAAGGCUCAAGCCAAGAGCGACUAUCUGUCGGGGGCCAAGGGCAAGUCCAACACUGAGGCGCGUGCCGUUGCCCGUAAAGUCCUGGGCAAGGAUGUCUUCUUCGACUGGGAGGCACCCCGAACACGCGAGGGUUACUACCGUCUGAAGGGCGGAUGCGACUGUGCUAUCAACCGAGCCAUUGCCUACGGCCCAUACUGCGAUGCCAUCUGGAUGGAGAGCAAGUUGCCCGACUAUGCCCAAGCCCAACAGUUUGCUGAGGGUGUCCACGCUGUCUGGCCAGAGAAGAAGCUUGCUUACAACCUGUCUCCCUCUUUCAACUGGAAGACAGCGAUGCCCCGCGACGAGCAGGAGACAUACAUCCGACGCUUGGCGGGCCUGGGUUACUGCUGGCAGUUCAUCACAUUGGCCGGUCUGCAUACAACAGCACUGAUCAGCGACCAGUUCGCAAAGGCCUACAGCAGUGUGGGCAUGAGAGCGUAUGGAGAGCUUGUCCAGGAGCCAGAGAUGGACCACGGCGUGGAUGUGGUCAAGCACCAGAAGUGGAGUGGUGCCACCUAUGUUGACGAGCUCCAGAAGAUGGUGACGGGAGGUAUCAGCUCAACGGCGGCGAUGGGCCAUGGUGUGACGGAAGACCAGUUCAAAUAA